AUGGGAUUGGGAUACACUUUGCCCCUGGAGGGCAAGAGUCUCGUCACUUUCAUCGUUUCUGCCGUCAUGCUGGGUUGUUCGGUGGUGGCUGUUGCAUUAAGAAUCUUUGUGCGAUGUCGCUUGGUCAAGGGAUUCGGAUGGGAUGACAGCUUUAUGGUCUUGGCUUUGGUCAUCUUCACAGCACUCAAUAUCGUGGUCAUGAUCGGCGUCAGGAAAGGAAUUGGCCAUUUGAGCAGUGAGUUCUCCAGGCCGAACGGCACUUUGGACCUGGAAGCGAUUGAGAACGCCAUGCUGUGGUGGUGGCUCGGUCAACAGCUAUAUCUCUGGUCGUCGGCCGUCACCAAGAUUUCCAUUGCCAUCGCCCUGUUACGCCUGACGGUCAAAAAAGCGCACCGGAUCUUUCUCUGGUUCAUUAUCGGGGUGUCCGUGGUGAUCAUGAUUGCCUUUUGGCUGAUUUUGCUGCUCGACUGCAAACCGAUCUCGUACUUCUGGACCCGGGUCCAGGUGCUCACCAGCACGGGCACUUGCACCUCGGUCGAGGUUCUCCUCGUGGUCGCCUAUAUUUACAGUUCCUUGACCAUCAUCUGUGAUUUGAGUCUGGGUCUCUUGCCCAUCUUCUUGGUGUGGAAGCUGCAGAUGAAUCGGAAGACCAAGAUCGCGGUGGGUGGGAUUUUGAGUCUCGGCGCAAUUGCGAGUGUCGCCGUGAUCAUUCGAAUGCCCACCCUGCCUCAUUACCGGGAUUAUGAAUUCCUCAGCAGUACAAUUCGCAUUGCAAUCUGGUCCAUCAUCGAAACGGGCCUCGGAAUCACCGCCGGGAGCCUGAUCACUCUUCGCCCACUGUUCCGAUGGCUCCUCGGCGAUGGGAGCGUGUACGGAAAGAAACCCUCCACCGGUGGAAAAUACCCUCUCUCGAGCGUGAGAAGCGCCAAUUUGAAAAACAGUGCCAACGACCCAAGCUACUGGAGGCCUGACUUGAAUCCCGAUCGCGAGGGUCACUUUGCCCAAGCGAGUUCAUUACCACACCACGGCACCCAUCUCGACAUGAACAGCAGUUCCGAGGCACUCAAUCCGGUGCCGAGAACAGACCCUUCAGGUCGAGGUGUGACUGUACAGAAGACGUUUGUCCAUACAGUUUCAGAGCGCGAUCAUCGCUCGUGGGUAUGA